AUGAAUGUGUCUUCCACCUCCAAUAUUGAAAUAACCUUCUGGCGCACUUGGGCCUUGACUGUCACUCAUGAGGCAUGUGAAUAUACCAAACAGAAAUUCAUUGCUGAGAAAACAGGAGGAGACCCAGUCAUACCUUCUCCUAAGCUAGACACCGAUCUGGUGAUGGCUUGUGAUCGAUUGGUGGAUUGCCUCAUAAAGGCAUAUAACAAUCCCAUUCAGAUGCAGAUUGAUAUUGCGAGAUACAGCAAAAUGAUCUCCCCAAAGGACACUGGGCAUAAUAAAGAAAGAGAGGUGAAGUUGCUUGAGAGGUGUCCUCCUGGCCAUGAAGGUACAAAGUUGGUCGACAUACCCUCCACAGUUCUCGAUGCUACCGGUGCCAUCAUUGCAUGGUACCUCCCGGAUGCCCUGACAGAAACCACCCAGAAUCUGUCGGACCCAGCAGUAUCUGCCUCAUUGAAGGGACCAUUCUCCGAGAAUAUUCUCAAAGCCAUUGCCAGGCUGGCAGCCAUCGCAUCAGCCGCACUCAGGGUGAUGCAUCCUGAGCAGUACUGGGUAGGGAUAUGA